AACCACAAUAAACAACGCGAGCACCGGCGCGGGCCUGAUGGCUUUACUAAAACUGAUUGAACAAACUACUCCGUGGAGGACCACAAAUAAUGAAGAGGCAGAAACUGUAGAACCACAGUCAUUGCUCAAAAAUAAGUCUCCUGGUCACAAGAAAGCGGUUCCAGGAGAGUACGACGGAGCAGAACUUCUGUUAGAGGUGAUAGGUGAUGCAGUCGAGUAUGCCGUUGACAGUGGAUUGAAUGCCAAGGAUGUCGAUAGUUUUUUCAAUGUCUUCACAACUGUUUUAACAAGCAUCAUUCAGAACGGCAACACUCGCUCUCUAGAAAACAGUGCCCGUGUCCUGAAAGACUGCCUCCUUUCAGGCCCAGUCCCGAUCAGUCGCACCGUGUCUCACCACGCAGCCUCCUACGUCACUCGCACACUACUGCAACAUUUCAGACUCUAUCACUACCUCCUCAACCACCGCCAACAAGAGUCCCACACUGAGGUACAGAUGCCUGUAGAGACUCCUGACAAAUGCCUGCCACCUCUAAAAGACGGAAUGGUGGAGAGUGAGUGGGAGAAUAAGGAGAAGAUUAGAAAGAUUGAAGAGCUACACGUAGUUUCGCAUGCAUAUGUUGCAGUAUCCUGGUAAACAAUUUUUGCUCUCGGUAACCACACCCAAACAUUCAUUUCACCUGGAAGCGAUAGAACGCCCAGUUAUUAACCCUCGGCGCGCAAGCGCAGAGAGGGUUA